CGGGUAACGGGAAACGGAAAUAACUCAGGAUUUAACGGCGACCGAAUGCUGCGACGGUGAGCUGUAGCUCUGAAAAUCUAUCGAUUUAUAUAUUUGUAUAAAAUAUAAUAAUAUUGUUUCGAGCUAAAAAGGCAUACAUGAACUAGUCGAAGAUGAUUUCUCCGUGGGACAGAUGGUACACGACCAGCUGCUGCCUGUGCUGUCAUGUACGGACGGGCACCAUUAUCCUGGGCAUCUGGUAUAUGCUCAUCAAUGCAGUGGUUUUGUUAAUACUAUUGUCGGCUCUCAAUGACCCAGUCCAGUACCACUACCACCUCACCAGCUCCGAACUCGGCACGGAUUUGGAUGUCAUGGACGAUGCAAACAUGUGUAUCGCUGCUGCAAUCUCAUUGCUGAUGAUUUUGAUUUGUGGAAUGGCGACCUACGGUGCAUAUAAGCAACAUGCUGCAUGGAUCAUACCUUUCUUCUGCUACCAGAUCUUUGACUUUGCUCUUAACACACUGGUAGCAAUAAGUGUUGUCGUUUACCCCAACACUAUACAGGACUAUCUUCAGCAGUUGCCUGGGACCUUUCCAUACAAAGAGGACUUGAUGUCCACAAACAACAUGUGCCUAGUAUUAGCAGUGCUUCUCUUUGUUGUAUGCAUCUUAGCCUUUAAGGCUUACCUUAUUGCCUGUGUGUGGAACUGCUACAGAUACGUCAGCGCAAGAAGCACUACAGAGGUCCUGGUUUAUGUCACCACAAAUGACACUACAGUACUACUUCCACCCUACGAGGAGGCAGUCGCCAUCCCACCGAAGGAUCCCCCUCCCCAGUACGUUUCAGCUUGAGAAUCACACCCUUCUUGUACUACGCCCCUCCCAAACCUUCUCCAAAGAAACACUCUCCGUCACAGUAGCCCAUUCCGUUGCCCCGGUCUCCUGUUUGUCGCUGUGUGACGUAAGUCUCCUCUCUGGAGGCAGCAGCAUGACUUUGAGACGCCCUUCCCUCGACAAGGCUGCCCAGCUGUCCUGGCAUCCCAACGCUGCUCAGCUGUGUCAGCUCCAAUCUGAUUUGCACUUUCGGCGAUUAUGUAUCUGGCCUUUUUAAUACUGUGAAUUUCUCAGUAGUGUUAUUGUCUACUGAUAUACCUGAGAUUUGAAUGCGGCGUGCAUGAUAAACACGGGAGUUACGUCAGAGCACUUUUUUGAAAUGGGAGUUACCUAGAAAUGUACUGAAUGUAAGAAGCCGGCAUUUUCACUUUAAUUUCGUUGUACUGUACGAAAUCAAAAUGACAAGUUUUUAUUCAGAAUAUAAUUAAAUUAGUUGUAAAAAAAAUUAUCCGAGCAAUUCUACACCAUUUUAUCUAACAAAGUGAAAUCUUUCAAGUCUUCCUUUAAACACAAUGUCCCAAAACAUGAUGCAUCGAUUAAUAUUCUCUUUCAAUCAGUCAAAUGCUAAUCGUUAGUUUUAGAUGGUGUAGAUGUCGCAAAUAGACUGAAUGAUCCUGCUGCUUGUUAACAGUUACAAAGCUGUAUACACUUAAUAUACUUGAUAACAUUGGUUUAGGUGUGAAAUCAAGUUCAUGCAUCAUAGGGGUCUGACUUCAAAUUAAAGGACAUGUCACUUGUUUACUUUAAAAAAA